UUGGGACUAUUUGAGGUUGGUAUUGGUGGCUUCAAUCUCCUGGGGUUAAUCGAGACUAGCUGUCGCGUUGAUGAGGUACUUAUGUCAAAGGUAAAGGAAGAAGACAGCUUUAUGGCAGUCACGAUGGAUUGGAGUGGAGUAUGGAAUGCGUUGACUAUGUUCGAGCCAGCGACCGUAUCGUCCAUCAUGUGGGGUCCUCGGCUUUGGAGGAUUCGUGGUGAGCGUGAAUUCUUAAGCCUCAAGGAGAUGAACACGAGAGAGGCUGAGGAUUGGGUUGGAAGUCGUACCUUUUCACAGGCAGCUCCAGUAGUGAAAACGGCAGCAGUGCAACAAACGAAAUCGCACCCACAAGUUCUCACUCCAGCAGUAUGGAGAGGAGUCGUCAAAAAUGUUGCCAAGAAGGUUGGCAAGGCAAUCACCAAGUUUGCGAUCUACGAAGCAGCCGAAAAAGCCGUUGUAACUGCCUACGAUAAGGCGUCGAAGUGGAUCAAGCGCCACUUCAGAAGGUAG